GUGGUAUAUGGUGAGACAACUUGUCAUGAUAAUAAAAUUCUUUGGCACAUGUGAUCUACAAUGGCAGGUGUAGCUGUCUGUCCAAUGAUUCUUUGGAGUAGUGCUCCAUAAUUUUGGAAAAUAACAUAUAGAACAAGUGGGUCUUCUUCAUAUUAUAAUACUAUCAUUUGUUGGCACUGCCUGGGCCAUCUUUCACCUUCAUAUGCCUAAACUGCACUGGCCAAGGGACUGGGAUUUGUUUGGCAUGCCAUGAGCACCCAUUAGAAUACUCUGCUGGGAGUCUGUGAAGAGAAUCUUAAAUCCUCCCUCUGCCUCCAGGUUGGGUUGUAGGGAGAUUGUUGUGUUGGUACAAGGACAUGUUCACUGUAGUUGCAGGAGAAGAGAACAGUCAUCCCUCAGGCUGCAGUUCCAAGUCCUCUCUUCCAGGAGCGGAAGAAUUGAGCUGCUAACAGGAGCCAGUCAAAUUCAAUUCAACAGAACAACCACAGUAGUGAAUUUGAUUGCAAGACAAGAUACUGAGAAGGCAGGGAAAGCAGGGAUGCAUGAUCUUGUGGCUUUAACUUGCCAAAGCACCACAACACCACUCUGAAGACAUCAGAAGAUAGAAUUUGAAGGCCAAUGGGGAGAUACAUGAAGCAGCAUGACAAAGAAUACUUGAAGAUGGCCAUCUUGAAGCAGGAAACUGCCUUUCGACAACAGGUGCAUGAACUCCACCGUCUAUACCAAGUUCAGCACCUGCUGAUGAGAGAAAUGAAGAACACCAACAAGCCGAUCCAACUAGACGAACAUUGCAGGGCACUUGAUCUGGAGCUGCCAGCAGAACAAUUCAGUGGAAAGCAACAUAGAAAUGUGGUGUUGGAGACUUACCAGGAAAGCGACUUAGAGCUGACGCUUGCAACCGGAAGCAGCACCCGACGAAAAGAAACAUCAACUGCUUCAGAUUGUGGAUCUAGUUUUUCUUCAUCCUCAACACAGUCUGGAACUACAAAACAAAACGGCAACAGAUCAGGACUGUUCCAGGUUCCUGAGAUUGAUAUGAGGUUCAAUCAUGAUAGGCAUAGUGGAUUCAAGAUUGAGGAACAAAUGAGACAGGAUGGUGUAAAACAGCGUACUUGGUUUUCUCAAUGUUUGGGCAUGAACAUGACAUGAUUGCUUUAUGCAAAGCAAUGAGAUAUCAUUUGUGGUUGUCAGAGACAACCAAUUUAGAUGGGAAACUGCCCUGUAGAGUUGAAGAUGGUGAGCAGUGAAUCUGUAUAAGCAGAAAAGACAAUAAGCUAGAAUUAACAGAGCAGAGAUGCACGUUAUAAUUGGAACUAGAAGGCCUUAGCAGCUUAAACUAUUAUCAAUGCUAGAAGUACAUUCUCUAAAUGAUGUACUAAGUUGUUUAUUGGAUGAUUUAAAACCUAUCGAUCUCUCAAUCACCAGCAACUUUCAAAUGACAAACUAUUCUGAAGAAGCAGGAUGCAGGGGCUACCAAAUAUGCAUGCAUUUGUCCAAGCAUACUUUGCAUACAGAAUUGCAUUUUCAAUUUAGAUUCAAUUUAGAGUCAAUGGACAGAUCAAGGAACAUGUUUCUUCAGAAAUUUUUUUCUGCAGUCUUGGUAUCUAGCAAGAUACAAAAUUGAUAUGGCAGUCAACAAAUUCUAAUCCAGCAGCAAGUUAUAUAUUACAA